AUGGCAAACCCGACCGAGGAGCUCAAGCAGAAGGCUGAGAUCGAGGAGUAUGUUACCGAUGAUCGUUCAAGGGAGAUCAUCGAGUUCGAGAAAAAGGAAGCCAAAUUGCGGCGCAAGCUCGAUCUCUACAUCGCCCCGGUGAUGAUGCUUCUCAUGCUCAUCAGCUAUCUUGAUCGUGGCAACAUUGGUUUCGCAGCCACCCAGGGCAUGGCUGAUGAUAUCGGUCUACACGGCAACCAGCUCAAUACGGCGGUAUCCAUCUUCUACUGUACCUAUGUGCUCGCUGAACUACCCACCUCGUUAUUCGUCAAACGACUUCAGUUCCAUCGAGUCAUUCCCAUCAUCACCUUUUGCUGGGGACUCGUAUGUAUGUGCAUGGGGUUCAUUCAAAACUUUGCUGGUCUUUGCGUCUGCAGGAUCCUGCUGGGGUGGUUUGAAGGUUGUCUGUUUCCUUCCAUGACUCUUUUCUUGGCCAACUGGUACAGACGGGAAGAAUUGGCUCAAAGGAUAUCCUAUCUCUUCAUUGCGUCUGCACUGUCUGGCGCCUUUGGCGGUCUUAUCGCCUUCGGAAUUCUGUACAUGGAUGGUGUUGCCAACUAUCCUGGUUGGCGAUGGCUCUAUAUCCUGGAGGGCCUCAUCACACUUGUCUGGGCUGGGAUGUGUGUAUACCUGGUCCCGAAGAACUAUCAGACCGCCUACUUCCUCAACGAGGAAGAGAAGAAACUCAUGGCUGUCCGUGCCGAACUAUCCGAAUCGUACUCUGGAGGUGACGGCCACUACAAACUCAAUGAUCUCAAGCUGGCCUGGAAAGACUUGAAGACCUGGUUGCAUGGUAUCAGUCAGAUUGCUGUCGUCACCAUCCUCUACGGUUUCGGUACUUUCUUGCCUAUCAUCAUCAAGAACGGAUUACACUUCUCCACCAAGCAAGCUCAAUAUCUUGUCAUUCCCGUCAACCUCUGGGGUGCGAUUGUGUAUGCGGUUGGCGCCGUCAUCUCGGACAAAUACCACAAGAGAUUCUUGAUUAUGGUGGUUUGCGCUCCCGUUGGCAUCGCGGGAUAUGCCAUCCUUCUAAAAAUGAACGACGUUUCGGUGGGAGUUCAAUAUUUUGCAACCUACCUUAUCGCCACGGCUUGCUUCCUUUGCACUGGAGGCAACAUUGCCUGGCUGUCCGGCAAUGUCGCGCCUGACGGGAAGAGAGCUGCAAGCUUGGGAACCCAGCUCACUCUCACAAACCUGGGGGGUAUCAUCUCCGGCCAAAUAUACGCCUCCACAGACGCGCCAAGAUUCGUUCUGGGCCAUGCCUGGUCCUUGGGCAGUCUGGCCUUCGCAUUCAUUGUGUUCAACAUUCUACGCGUAAUCUACCAGAAGCGUGAAGAUCGAAAGGCGGAACUACGUGCCCAAGGUGUGGUCACCCCGCCCGAAGAGUUCACGGACAGAUCGCCCGAGUUCAAGUAUCAAUUCUAG